GUUCUCUCCGAACGAGAAACGGAUAAACCAGCAUCGAAGUCCAACAGUAGACACUACAGAUAGAACGAAUUCACAGUCGGAACUCGACAGUUGUGUAUGCUGGUUUACUCUGAAAGCGAUUUGUUUUUUCAUCAAACAAUUUACGAAUCCGUUCGACCGAACAUCAGAGUCGUUCGUAUAGCGAUCGGAAAGAAAAAAACUAAGUUCUGUUAUCAAAUGCGAAUUUAAUGACAAGCUUAACCAUUUCAAAGCUAAAAUCCAUAAGAUAAAUUCGGUGUGUGAAACUUGAAAAAAAAAUUAAAGUUCAGUUGAAUACCAUCACGUGAAAAAAAAUACACACAACAACUGAGUGUUAGAUCAGUUGGUAUUUUUGAUUAUCGUAUCGAUGUAAAUUGAUACUUAAAAUCACCACCAUUUAUUGGCGAAACGUUCAAGCCAAAAUUUGAAUACGGAAUUUCAGUAGUGACAAAUACAUAAAAAAACAUAAUAUUUGAUAACACGAAAUAGAAAAAACCAAUAGAAAAAAAAACAUAUCUAAGGAGAGUCAGUUUCAAGGUGCGAGCUUAAGUGAUACCGCGAACAGUGAAGCGCAAACACACACCGUGUGUUUGUGAAUUUGAAAUUUAAUCGGCGCAAAAUUUAUUGGCCUGAGCCUCCGCAAUUGGCUAUCACACACAAUCCUACUUGGUGAUAAUAGAAGUCAUUGUAAUAUAACCAUCGUUACCGUCGUCGGCGCGUGAAUUAGCCAAAACGACAAAACGGCAAUAAUUUUUAGUUGUUGAACACAAAGCCGCUAACACAACACUAUCGAUAGAAUAUUAUGCGUGUGCACACACCAAGUCAGGCAAAAAAGUCACCGUAAGAGACAAUAAACAACGCGACAGGCGAAACGAAACGAAUAAAUUGUAUUCGGUCCACCUUAAACAGCCCAACCAGCCACCAUCUCUUCGAUAUCAACGAUUGGCAAAAUCGUUGCACAGCGAAUGAAAUCGAAGCACACACAUAAGAAGACAUCGUAUGAAUCAAGAGGCGAACAAUAAUAAUAAAAAAAAACGUAUGUGCUGUACAUAAUAAUAAAAUCGACGACUACGACGACGACGACAACAGCCAAGACCAAGAGUUUCGAAUCUACCUUUGAGCGCAAACGUCCACACGAUGACGACGACGGCACCGAUUAAAUCGAACAUCGAACAUAAAAUAUAUUUAUAAAUGUAAUUCUUGCGUUCAACGGUGCGGUUUUUAUUUUGCAUUCCCGUUUUUUCGUGGCAGUGUCUCGUGUAAAAAUCAGUGUUUUUGCACGCACUUUUCGUACGUAGUCUUUCCACGCGGCGCGAAGUUUAGUGAAUAUCAUUCUUUUUUUCGUUGCUGUGUGUAUUUUUUUUUUGGUUUCUGGUGUAUGUUUUGACCGAGUGUGUUUGUGAAUCAACACACAACAUUUCAUUCCGAAAGAGUGAAAUAGAGUGUGUUUGUGUGUGAUCGAAACGACGAAUAUAAUCGAAUACGUAUGCAUAAUAUGCAAAUGAAAGAAAAAGAAGUGCAUCAAAAACAGCAAAACAGUGAUCCGGUGAGAAAAAGUGUGGCAACGAAAGAAAAAGACACAUUGCGAUUUGAGAGAGAUUGAACAAACAAUGGGAAACAAUUGAGACAUAAACAAAAAAUACGAACGCAAGUGGAACAAGUUCGAAUGUGUGUUGAAAAAGGAUGCAUGAUUAAGAAAGAGACAUGAUGUCACCACAUUUCACGAAGGAAAUGUGAAGAGAAAAUUAUCCAAAACGAUUUUCGAAGGUAGACUGCGAAACGAGCGAAUAAAAUUUUUUUUUUCUUCUUUCGAUUGGAUUUCAAGUUAUUUUCUUGUGGUGUCGCAUUUUUUGCCAUUCACCGGCCAACAAUUGCAAUCGCAUUAUCAUAAAAUCCAGUGAAUCGCGAAUAUUGAAUGCAUACUACGUUCGCGGUACAGUGCAUCUCUCUCAUGAUUUAACGACACACUGAAAAUGACAAAAUUACGGUGAUUACCAUAAAAAAAUUUUUUAUUCGACAAUUCAAAUUGCAAUGCGAAUCGUUAGUGAAACUAAAAGCGAUCGAUAAAAACAUAUUCUAUACGAAAAGCGAACGAAAUAACAGCGCCAACAACAAAAAAAGUUAUAGUGACAAAAGUCUACCUCACCUCAAAAGACGUAUAAUCAAAUAAUUUACGCGAAACUAUUCGAAUAUUAAAAAAAGAAACUAAGAAUUCCUUCUAAAAACCCAGUUGAAUUCCGUCGUGUACAAAAAUUAUAUGUAAUUUGAAUUGGUGAAUGAGAAAGAACACGAUCGCGUCUCGACUUAACUGAUUUUCCAAGAGAGAAUUGAGUGAAUUCCAACAAAUUUGUCGAAUCGACAAUAUUUUCAACGUGUAUAUGCUCUCUCGUUCUGAACUAGUUUUAAUCGGCCCAUUUGUUCGCGUUGUGAAUACGAACAGGAAAAAUAAACACUUGCGCUUUUUAACAUUAUCAUUUUGUGUCUGGCCAAGAAAAGCAACAACAGCCAGCGUUAUAAAAAUCAAAUUGCCAUAAAUUCGGCAACAACAAAAACAUUGGCAAUCCCAUAAGUAAUCGAAAACAGUCGUUGGAUUCUCCGGGGACUUGUAGCUGAAGCAGCAGUUGAUGAAAGGACAAAAUAAUACCCGAAACGACAUCUCAACACAGCAACGAUAGCGAAAUAAAACUGAGCUGAAUAAAAAAGCAGCAUCACAACGGCAGCGAGCGAGGAACGUUGACGAAUCGAGAAAUUGUGUAAUGUUUGCUUAAAAACACGAGAGAGUUGGAGUGGAUUCUAUCGGCUAAGCUCAAUAUAUAUAUCAUAUGCAUGAGCCAGCCUGUUGCAAGAGACAACACAUACAGCACUCAGAUAUAUCCCAAAAUCUCAUCGGUUUUUAUCAUACAAAAAUCUUCGACCGCGAUCACACACAUACCGAUUAGAGCGCUAGAUAUUCAGCUGCGAUAAAGUAGCGCAAAAGAAAAUGUGUAAUUUAGAUAACUAAUAAUAUUUUUGAAGGCACAUACACACACACUGAAAUAACACAGAACAUAUCGCUAGUGAUAUUCAAAGUCGUUAGAGUGAAACAAAAACAACAGCACAGCCUGUGCAUACCAAACCGAUCGAGCUAUUUCCACUGGUUUUGGUAUUUAAUUUCCAUCUCGAAAACAUUAAAUACACAUAUCGAAUACAUUUUGGCCUUUUCUUCGUCCGCGCGCGCGCCACAGACUGAGAGGAGCUCAAGAAAAACAACACAGAAAACGAAGAAGUAGAAGAAAAAACGACUACUAACAACAACAGAAUAGAAAUAAUAAAUCGUGUGUGUUUCAUCUUCAGUUUUCAUUGAAUUGCGGUGAGCGCAUCGCUGUAUUAUAUUUUUUCCAUCUCUUAACUCGUUGGUAAAACGAUUAAUGGUGUAUUUCAUGUGGCUCAUAUCGUUUAACAUAGAUUGUGUUUCAAACGGACUGUUUUGAGUGAAUUAACUAACGAAUAAACGAUAGAUAGAGAGAUACAAAAGGAAAUUGUGUGUAUGCGAGUGUAUAAAAGUGAUUUGAACAAACAAACGCAGGAGAAAGAGAGAGAAAGAGCUACAUAUCGUUUUCCAAUCGAUCCGUUAGACUCAUUUGAGGUUUGCUCCUUUCUUUUGUGUGUAAUUUCUAUGCAUUCAAAGGGAGAAAACCAUCAAAACGAAACGAUUGUAUAAUUGAUUUAACGAAACGAGUACAUAAAUUACCGAAAUCAGAAGAAAAAAAAAACGCACGAGAACAUUUUAAACGCAAGACCAUCAUCAUCAUUUCUCAAAAGAGAAAAAGAACCAUUUAGAUUGAGCCGAGAACCGGGAAAAAAUAACCAAGAGCAAGCAACAACAAGAAUCGAAAAUGAUGAUACAUUGGUGCAAUCGAUACUUGAUUGUUCUCUAUUGUGUGCUGCAUCAUUGUUAUGCGGGCUACACCUUUGGUGGUGAUGACUAUCCAAAGAAGAGCAACUACGUACAGUCAUUACAAACUGAUCCAUGCUAUGCCGAUGAACGGGCAAGAAGGUGCAUACCAGAUUUCGUGAAUGCCGCCUACGGAGCGAAGGUUGUGGCGUCAAGUGUUUGUGGUCAGAAUGGACCAUCGCGCUACUGUGAACCAACCGAUGUGAUGAAACCCUACGAAACCACGUGUCACGUAUGCGAUCGUAGUGAUCCACAGAAAACCUUUUCGCCCGCUGCGCUUACCGAUCUAAACAAUCCAAACAAUGUAACUUGCUGGCGAUCGGAUCCGAUUCAACAGCCAAUCGGUCCAAAUUCGCCACCGGAUAAUGUGACACUCACAUUGAAUCUGGGCAAAAAGUUUGAACUGACAUAUGUCAGCUUACAAUUUUGUCCCAAAUCAAUUAAACCCGAUUCGAUUGCAAUUUACAAGAGCGCUGACUAUGGAGCCACUUGGCAACCGUUCCAAUUUUACAGCUCACAAUGUCGACGUGUUUACGGUCGACCAAAUCGUGCUCCAAUCACCAAAGCAAACGAACAGGAAGCACGUUGUUCGGAUACACAUCGUCAUAAUGGUGAUUUGACCAGUGGCAUGUAUGGCGGUCGCAUCGCAUUCAGCACACUCGAGGGUCGACCCAGCGCAUCCAAUUUUGAUCAAUCCGCCGUUUUACAGGACUGGGUGACAGUCACUGAUGUGAAGGUAAUCUUUCAUCGAUUGCAAAUGCCAACGGAUGUGCUUGAUGAAGAAUUGAUGGUGGAACAAACGAAAUUGUAUGCGAAUAAAUUGCACACGGCCGAUGCAUUGGCCAUAUCGAAGGAGAAAAAGUUACUAACACCGCUCGAUAAUCUCGUAUCGUCCACGAUGAGCACAAUGUCAACACAGAACUAUGCGGUGUCUGAUUUUGCUGUUGGCGGCCGAUGUAAAUGCAAUGGUCAUGCAUCACGAUGCCUCACCGACGAUAAGGGCCAAUUGUAUUGUGACUGCAAACACAAUACGGCCGGACGUGAUUGUGAAAAGUGUAAACCAUAUUUCUUCGAUCGUCCUUGGGGCCGCGCCACAUAUCGUGAAUCUGCCGAAUGCAAAGCCUGUGACUGUAAUGGACACGCGCGACGAUGCCGCUUCAACAUGGAAUUGUACAAACUGUCUGGCCGUGUAUCGGGUGGUGUUUGUUUGAAUUGUCGGCAUGCAACAACUGGACGUCAUUGCCACUAUUGCAAAGAAGGCUAUUACCGUGAUCCAACCAAAUCAAUUGGUCAUCGUAAAGUAUGCAAGCCAUGCGAUUGUCAUCCGAUUGGUUCAUCUGGUAAAACAUGCAAUCAUACAUCGGGCCAGUGUCCAUGCAAAGACGGCGUAACUGGAUUAACUUGUAAUCGAUGUGCUCGUGGCUAUCAGCAAAGUCGGUCACAUAUCGCACCGUGCAUCAAAAUUCCACGCGUAAUUACGGCAUUGCAGCAACAAAAUACAGCACCCGAAGUUCAACAGUAUGAUGCUGAUCCGUAUCAGACUGACAACGACAACGGUGGUGGUGGUGGUGCUGCUGCUGGUGCUGGUAGCGGCCGAGAAUGCGGAAAGUGUAAAUCCGGAACAAAACGGCUCAAUUUGAAUAAGUUUUGCAAACGGGAUUAUGCAAUCAUGGGUCGUAUUGUUGAACGAGAAUCGAGCCGCUAUGCAAAGGACUCACCAUAUCAAUCGACCAAGUUCAAUAUUCAAAUCCAAGCCGUAUUCAAGAAGUCACAAGAUUCAGCCGCAACAACUGUACGAAAGAGCGUACCACUAAUUAUAUCGGCUAAAGAUUUAGAAUGUCGUUGUCCAAAGCUCAAGGCAAAUAGAUCAUAUUUAAUUUUGGGCAAAGACAUCGAAAGUCCCUCAGGUACUGUUGGUAUUGGGCCACGUUCAAUAGUCAUCGAAUGGAAAGACGAUUGGUAUCGACGAAUGAAACGUUUUCAACGACGCGAUCACGCUUGUGGAUAAACAAGUUUACGCUUCUCCAACGACAAACAAACACAUGUGUAAUGAACAAACACACAAAAUCCACAUAUGAACAAACAACAACAACACCAGCAAAAA